AUGCCACCAAAGAUUUAUAGAUGGAUUAACAUUUUUGGAAAUAAUUGUAGGAGUUUUUCUUACAUUACUUCUUCUCCUCCUCAACCCAGGGUCAGAUCCAACCGUAAUACAACAGUGGGAAGCCAUACUAACACCUCUGAGUUCCUUCUUUUGGCCUUUUCCAGUCACCAAGAAACACUGUUGCCAUUGUUUCUGGCCCUGUACGUAGCAGCCCUCCUGGGAAAUUUGCUUAUUCUUGUUGCCAUUGGAUCAGACUCACAUCUCCACACACCUAUGUACAUUCUUCUGGUCAACCUGUCCCUGGCAGACUUGUUCUUCACUUCUACCACAAUUCCCCGACUUCUCCAUGCCCUGCUGACGGGGGACAGGACUAUCACCCAUUCAGGCUGUCUAGCCCAAGUCUUCUUCUUCCUGUUGGCUGGCAAUGUGGACAGCUAUGUGUUAGCUGCCAUGGCAUGGGAUCGAUAUAUGGCUAUAUGCCGACCACUUCACUAUGCUGCUGUGGUAACCCUGCCAUGCUGUGUGAAGCUCCUAGGGGCUGUGUGGACGGGUACAACCCUGCACUCUCUGCUUCACACAUUCCUCACGGCUCGCUUGUCCUUCUGUAACAACCAUGCCCUUCCACAUUUCUACUGUGAUGUCUAUCCUUUGCUGCAGCUUGCCUGCUCUGAUACCUCUCUCAACUUCCUAGUUGCUCUAAUUGAAGGGGGAUCUACCAUACUAUUACCAGCUGUCUGCAUUAUCACUUCCUAUGCCUACAUUAGCACUGCUGUAUAUAGGGCCCGAGCAACAGGAGGUGUGCGCAAAGCACUUGCCACAUGUGGUUCCCAUCUAUGUGUGGUUGGACUUUUCUAUGGGACACUGGUGGGUGUUUAUUUGCAGCCCCCAGGUCAGCUGAAUAAUUGGGGAAGAGAUCAAGAUCUGGUGGCCACAAUCAUGUUUUCUGUGGUGGCUCCAACACUAAAUCCUUAUAUUUAUAGCCUGCAGAAUCGUGAAAUUAAAGCAUCAUUGGCAAGGAUAUUUAUGGUAAAUAGGAACUAG